AUGUGUGGUGGCUGGGCCUGCGCCUCCUACAACAUUGCCUGUUGCAAUCCCCGCCUGUCGACACUGCGAUUCUCUGGCCGCUGUUUCGCACCCACGCCCUGCGGUCCAUGUGAUGACUGCUCCAUUUACGGCGGUUGCUGCGGUGGCUGCUGCGGGUGCUAGGUGAACUCUGACCUGGAGUGGCCACAGGACCGGGUGGAGGGUCCAGGAUUUCACUUUCUUAAAGUAGGCCUUGGGAACUUCUAACCGUCAGGCAUUAAACAAAAACCAGUCAGUCCCCGUCCAGUCAUUGUCGGAACAACAACUUACGCUUUUCCCGGGUUUCUACCUCCAUUGCUUAACCAUGUGCGGUGGCUGGGCUUGCGCCUCCUACGACCUGGCCUGCAAUAAUCCUCCCUUGUCCACCCUGCGUUUCACCGGUCGGGACUUCAUACCCACGCCCUGCGGUCCUUGCGAUAAGUGUUAUGUUCUAGAUACUAGCCGCAAGAAGAACACCAACAACUGCUAUGUCCCGCACAUCCUGUCCCCACUGGAGGCACAGCUUUGCUCACUGGACAGUAGUCAGAAAAAAAAGGAAGAGGGGUAAUCAUUAGGAGGACAUGCGGGGUUAUACUAAUGAAAUUAUAA